AUGUGGUCAGAUUUCUAUCUAUUAUUUAUAAUAUAUUUGAAUUUUAAUUAUGUAAAUACAAAUGAAAAUGAAUUUCAUUUAUAUAUGGAUAAUCAAACAUUAUGUAAUCAAGAAAUAGUCUAUUUGAAAAAUAUUCAUGCAGGAAGAAUUUAUUCACAUAUUGAUUAUCAUAAUAGAUAUCUUUAUUUCUCAGAUAAUCAUUGUACAAUAACAAUACAAACUAAAAAACGUAUAUGGAUGUCGGUGGAAUAUUUUCAAUCGAAUUCUAGUUCAUCAUUUCCAAGAUGUAUUGAUGGUAAAUAUGCUGGAAAUGAUGACCGAUUACAAAUUAUUGAUGGUUACAAAAAUGGUUCAAUUCUACGUAUUAUCUGUGGUAAAGAUACUGAUAAAUAUUUUGAUCGUACAUCAUUAAUUCUUAAAAGUUCAAUAUUUACAAUUGAUUGGCAAACAAAAAGUCAAUCAUUUGGUUUUGAAUUAAAAUUUGUUUUAUAUGAUUUAGCUGUUGAUGGUCAAUGUUUAAAUUCUAAUCAAUUUCAAUGUAAAAAUAAACGAUGUAUUGAUAAAUCAUUAAUAUGUUAUGAUGAAGAUUAUUGUGGAGAUAAGAGUCAUGAAAAUAGUUUAGAACAAAAUACUGAAUGCAUAAUGAAAAUUGCUAAACAAAACUCAAUUCAGUCCCAUUAUAUAUUUAUUCUAAUUAUUUUUUGUUGUUGUGUAUUUUUUUUACUUAUAAUAUUUGCAAAUCAAGUAUUUUCACAACCAUUUGAAGUUAUUGAUAAUAAUAAUAAUAAUCAAAAUUUUAUUCCAUUAUGUGGUUGUUUUUAUGGUAAAGCACAAAUUGAACAAGUUCCAUUUGACAAGGAUAAUAAUGAUCAGAUUGAAAAUAUUGGACAAAAUUUUCUUAAAUUAACAAAAAGACGUCCACAACCAAAAGCUAAUCUUGCUGGAUUAUGGGGUGUACCAACAAAAUUUGCUUGA